ACCUUCAAACACAUACAGAAGGCGGAGAGAAACUAAAGAAGGAAGAGGACGAAUGAGAAUGAUAUUGUAGAGUUAGGAGAACGAGAUUGCGGUGUAGAGACUCCGUUCUUGUUCUCUGCCAGUUGGGAAACAGAGAGAGAGAGAGACAGAGCCUCUGGGACAGGCGAUCAACGGUGGCGAAUCCUAGAAGCCUUCGUUCGUUUUUCUCGUCGGUGUUGUCAAGCCGUUUCUGGAAGAGCUGCCAACAAGAAGCAGGAGGAGAAGGAGAAGGAGGAGAUAAAGAAGAAGAAGGCUUGAUGGAGUCAAGGCAUCUGCAGGCUCCUGUGGCAACUCUGCAGCAGAGAGGUGCUGCUGCUUCACCAGGCAGAAAGCAGAAAGCGGCCGCAGGAGCUGACGAAAAGAACCGGAGAGCGCUUGGAGACAUCGGAAAUCGUGUUAACUUUCGAGAUGUCGACGGAAAAGUGCAGCCUCAGAUUUCUCUCCCUGUGGCUAGAUUUGCUGCUCAAGUGUUGGAGAAUGCACAACCUGCCGAACCUGAUAAGAAGCCAGCAUUUGUAGCUGCCAAUGUAAGAGGAAAAGAAGGUGCGAAAGCUGCGAAGCAGAAGGCUGCAGUCAAGCCAAAAACUGAGGAAGUAAUUGAAAUCAGUUCAGGAGAUGAAGGUGCAAAAGCUGCUGAACAGAAGGUCUCAGUAAACCUCAAAACAGAGGAAGUAAUUGAGAUCAGUUCAGGAAAUGGUGAUAGGAGAACUUCCAGGAAGAAGGUUCACACCCUCACUUCAGUACUUACUGCUCGAAGCAAGGUUGCUUGUGAAGUCGUCCAUAAACCAAACAAUCUGGCACACGAUAUUGAUGAGUUGGAUGCAGACGAUGAGUUAGCUGUUGUCGAUUAUGUGGAAGACAUAUAUAGCUUCUACAGAUUCGCUGAGAGAUACAGCAGACCUCGUGAUUACAUGGGUUCCCAGGUCGAGAUCAAUGCGAAGAUGAGAUCGAUUCUUGCCGACUGGCUGACUGAAGUGCACCGCAAGUUUGAGCUGAUGCCCGAGACACUAUACCUAACGUUCUACAUAGUCGAUGCAUACCUCUCAGUGGAAACUGUUCCGAGGAGGGAGUUGCAGCUUGUGGGGGUGAGCUCCAUGCUCGUCGCCUGCAAAUAUGAGGAGAUAUGGGCUCCUCAGGUUAAUGACUUCAUCUACAUUUCCGACCGCGCAUAUGGCAGAGAGCAGAUCCUGGCGACAGAGAAAGCAAUCUUGAACAAGCUUGAAUGGAACCUUACUGUUCCCACGCCGUAUGUUUUCCUUGUGCGUUUUCUCAAGGCGGCCAUGUCCGAUAAGGAGAUGGAGAACAUGGCAUUUUUCUUCGCGGAGUUGGGUUUGAUGCACUACUCGAUGGUCAUCAAGCAUCGCCCGUCCAUGCUCGCUGCCUCGGCGGUCUACGCCGCACGGUGGACGCUGGAGAGGAGCCCCCGGUGGACCGAGACGCUCGAGCGGCACACGGGAUACGAUGAGCUGCAGUUGGGGGACUGCGCGCAGCAUUUGCUGAGCUUCCAUGCGUCGGCCGCCGAGAGCAAGCUCAGAGCCGUCUACAGCAAGUACUCCAGCUCGCGACGAGGAGCUGUCGCGUUGCGUUCUCCCGCUACAAAGCCGCUUUGAGGAGUUGAACCACAUGUGCUGAGACCAUUCAGACAUUACAGGCCGAGGACAUCAAGGAAUUUAUGAUCAACAAAGUCAAAAAGCAAUCAGCUGUGCUGCAGAACACUUCAUUAAACAAUGCAGACCUCAAGCAGGCACUGAGGAGAGCCCUGUCCGAGAGCAGGCAGAAGAGAUAAUGCCAUCGACGAAAGCCUUGAUUGCCAUGCCAUGAUUAGGCUUUGGAUCUUAGUAUUGUUGGUGCAUCCAAAUGUGUGAGAGCAUGGGAAAGCGUUUGAUUCUCUCAAGCAGGCUUGAGGAAGGAUGUGGGCCAGUCAUCAUUCCACUGGUAUUAGGUCUGUUUUGUCACUAUCCAGCUUAGAGGUGGGGAAGAUUGAAGGUGUGUCGUAACCUGCUGCUUUCUUCCCUUUUGUUAUUAUGAGUUCUGAUGCAGAUGUCAAAGAAGAAAUAAGUAAGAGGCCCAGUGCACAUGCACGCACACUGAUGCUGUCACUCCCAUCGUCAGAUUUCUUCACCUCUUUUCCCACAUAAACUAUUUCUGCUUUGCCUUGCUUUGGAUACUUGUUGCUUCAAGAAAGCAUAUAGAUUAGUGGCGAGAGUCCUCUGUCCUGACUCCAAGACCUAGAGGAGAGAGGAGAGGAGAGUAGGGUUGUCUUCCUGGAUAUGGCAGUACAUUGCUUGUAUGUCUAAUGCAUGUGCUUAACCAGUGCCUGCUUAGCCUUUGGGUGCUCUUCAACUAGACAAAAGGUGAAUGAAUGGGCUUCAUUUACAUCUUC